AGCGGGCGUCUGAGACCCGAUGGACUUCUGAGCGUUCUCUGGUGACCUCGCUGGGAGGAGCAUGGUUAAACACCAGCCUUUGCAGUACUACGAACCGCAGCUAUGUUUGUCGUGUCUGACCGGAAUUUACGGUUGCCGUUGGAAACGAUACCAGCGGUCACAUGACGACACCACCAAGUGGGAACGCCUCUGGUUCUUAAUCCUCACCUUCACGUUCUUCCUGACGCUCCUGUGGUUUUAUUUCUGGUGGGAAGUUCACAACGACUACAAUGAAAUCAACUGGUUUUUAUAUAAUAGAAUGGGAUAUUGGAGCGACUGGUCCGUUCCAAUACUGGUUACAACAGCUGCUGGUUUCACGUAUAUCACGGCCUUGUUGAUUUUAGCACUAUGUCACAUAGCAGUGGGACAGCAAUUGAACCUACACUGGAUCCACAAGAUUGGGUUGGUAACGACCUUUAUAGCCACUGUCAUCACGAUGUGUUCGAUAGCCCAGCUCUGGGAUGACGAAUGGGACAUGGUCAUCAUAUCGUUGCAGGCCACAGCCCCCUUUCUGCACAUCGGAGCCCUGGUAGCUGUCACCGCUCUGUCGUGGUUGAUAUCCGGGCAGAUUGCGAGAGCGGAAAGAGCCGGUUCCCAGAUGCUGAUGUUCACGGCCUACUUUGCAGUCGUCCUUGGCCUUUACCUCCUUCCUCUCACCAUCUACUCCCCCUGCAUCAUGGAGAAGAAGAAUCUCUCACCCAAGCCCACCAUCAUUGGUCACCGGGGGGCUCCCAUGCUGGCGCCCGAAAACACUUUGAUGUCCUUCCAGAAGGCCCUGGAGCAGGAAAUCUACGGCAUUCAGGCGGACGUGGUGAUCAGUUAUGACGGGGUGCCUUUCCUAAUGCACGAUACGACUCUGCGGAGGACCACCAACGUGGAGGAGGUGUUUCCAGAGCUGGCCUCUGAGCAUUCUUCCAUGUUCAACUGGACGGACCUUGAGAGUCUCAACGCCGGCGAAUGGUUCUUCGAGGAUGACCCCUUCUGGACUGCCGGUUCCCUUUCCGCUUCCGACGCCAAGCAAGCUAGAAACCAGUCCGUUUGCAAGCUGACCGACAUGCUGGAGUCGAUCGGGGACAAUGCCACUGUUCUCUUGAACCUCCAGGACUUGCCCUGGGAACACCCGUUCUACAGCAGUUUCCUCAACAUCACCCUGGAAACCGUUCUGGGUUCCGGCGUUCCACAGCAGGCGGUGAUGUGGCUGCCGGAUGCAGAGCGACGGCUGGUCCAGCAGGUCGCUCCGGGGUUCCAGCAGACCGCCGGCACCAAGGCCGACGCGCAGAAAUUGCGGGACGAAGGCUUCCGGAAACUGAACCUGCGGUACACCAAGGUCACCAGCGAAGAUAUCAGGGAGUACGCAGCCGCUAACCUGAGCGUGAACCUGUACAUUGUGAACGAGCCGUGGCUUUACUCCGUCCUGUGGUGCGCCGGCGUUCAAUCCGUCACCUCGGAUAACUCUCACACUCUUGGCCGGCUGGCUUCUCCCCUCUGGCUAAUGCCCCUGGAUGAGUACUAUCUAAUCUGGAUAACAGCCGAUCUCAUUUCAUUUACCGUAAUUGUAGGCGUUUUUAUAUUCCAGAACUAUCACAUAAUCAGGUGGCGCCUGGGUAGCAUCCGGACGUACAACCCUGAGCAGAUCAUGCUGAGCGCGGCGGUGCGGAGGUCCAGCCGGGAUGUCAACAUCAUGAAAGAGAAACUGAUCUUUUCAGAAAUCAACGACGGAGUGGAGACGACGGACGAGCUGUCACUGUGCUCCGAGAACGGCUACGCCAAUGAAAUCGUGACGCCCAUGGACCACAGAGAGAUGAAGAUGCGUCUCGACUGAAGGGCGGGAAGCCGGCGGUCCUGGGGACGCCCCACUCUUCCUUGGCGCGACAGCUCUUUCAGGAGCAGCUGUGGAUGGGACUCCUCCCCUACCAAACUGUUACCGUGGUGGACUUCCUGAGAGCGGCCUGGUGCCUCUCUGGAAACCGAAGCUCGGCUGGGGUUUUUUUUGGUUUUGUAAAUAGGUCCCUUUUUUGUGGUCCUUUUUUUCUUGCAUAUUUGAGGCGGGGAGUGUACAUAUUCACUCGGAGGAAGCCGACGGUCAGAUAACGCCGUCUUCUGGCUGGGCCAGCCAAUGAUAGAUCGGGACGCAGGGACAAGGCAGCGGGCGAAAGAACCCUCUCGUCUUCUCCGCUCCCCUCCUGGGGGCAGCCGUUGUUAGCUGACCUUAUUUAAAUAUGUAUGUUGUGAA